AGCCGUUUCGGCUCGCGGGGCUCCGAAUGCCAUCGCCGUGCAGGCCAGGCCUGGGGCAUCUCCAGGCACCUGCCACUGAGCGCGCGCCGCAUGACCACCAGGAUCCGUCCCGAGGCAUGGGAAUCGAUCACGAAUCAUGACGACGUGAACAUUACGAUGCUAUCGUUGUUGCCGAUUUUCGUCGUACUCUUCCUGUGGCUGCUGAGUGCCGUGCACUCCACGGUCGUGGCGAUCGAUGGUGUUGAGGAUGUUGGUCCAGAGGCCGUGCGGAUCUGGAUCCCCGUAGUGAACCUGUUGUUGGUGCUCUUCUUCGUUGGAAGUGUAUCGCUGAGGGUUGGAGGCCCGAUCAAGCUGCUGGAACAAUUGGCGCCUCCUCAUCAGGUCGUCGCGAUGCGACGAACGCCGCGGGUGUACAGUCAGCUGUUGCGUGGUAUUUCUUGCCGCCCCUCGAAGACGGUCGCCCAGCCCACACAAGAGGUCUGUGCAGCUGAGAGCCCGUGGCCGCGAGCCGAGCGGGCGGUGCCGGCCUUGAACGUGCUGAUCAUGAUCACGGGCACCCACGGGGACGUGGCUCCGUUCGUGGCGCUCGCGCACGCGCUGAGGCAGCGGUACGGUCACCGCAUCAGGUUCGCCACGCACCUGGCGCACCGCGAGCACGUGCUAAGGGCAGGCCUGGACUUCUACCCCCUCGCCGGGGAUCCGAGGGUGCUGAGCCAGUGGAUGGUGCAGUCGGAAGGGCGGCUCCUGCCAGACAUCCACGCCCCGCUCACCAAGCUCCGCGAGGAGGUCUCGGAGAUGAUCCCGGCGAAGCUGGCGAUGAUCAACGACAUCAUGGAGUCCACGUGGCCAGCUUGCGUGGGCGAGCUUCCGGAGGAGGUGGCCGCCCAGCGGCCCCGCUUCGUGCCCCAUGCCAUCAUAAGCAACCCAGUGACGUAUGGGCACAUCCACUGUGCCAGUGCUCUGAACAUCCCUCUCCACAUGGCCUUCCCCCAGCCGUGGACUCCAACAGCAGAGUACCCGCACCCCUUUGUCAUGGGGACCAGCAUGCCCAACCGCAUCACGUUCGGCGCGUUUGACAAGCUUACGAUGAUGGGCCUCAACGUUAACACGUGGAGAACGGAGACUCUCGGCCUGCCUCCCAUUCUUGCUGGCGACCGCGGAGCCCACGUGCUGAACGACCUGCGCGUUCCGUUCUCCUACAUGUGGUCGCCAGCACUGUCGGCGAAGCCGCUGGACUGGGGCGAUCACGUCGACGUCCUCGGGAGCUUUGUGCACGACGCCGCGGCCGCCUCCGAGUACGAGCCAGCGGCGGAGCUCGCGGCGUUCCUUGAGCGGGGCGCUGCGCCGGUGUUCGUGGGCUUCGGCUCCAUGGUGAUCGACGACCCGGACGGCCUCUUCGAGAUGCUGGUGCAGGCCGCCGCGAGCGCGAGCGUGCGAAUGAUCGUGCAGUCCUCCUGGUCCAGGCUCGGCGGCUGCGCACGGGAUCCCGGCGAGGUGCACCUCGUGGGCGCGUGCCCGCACUCCUGGCUCCUGCCCCGCUGCUCCGCGGUGGUCCACCACGGCGGCGCCGGCACGGUGGCCGCUGGCCUCCGCUUCGGGCUCCCGACGUUCGUCGUGCCGUUCUGCUCGAGGGAGGGAACACGCACUUCUGGGGCGACGCCGUGCUGCGCGCGGGGGCGGGGCCGCCGCCGUGCCCCUACCGGGAGCUCUGCGCGGACCGCCUCGUGGAGGCCCUCGCGCGGCUGCGCGCCCCAGAGGUCCGCAGGUGCGCGGCCGAGAUCGCAGAGGCCAUGUCGCGCGAGGACGGCGUCGGUGCCAUGUGCGACUCCUUCACCAGGAGAACCUGCCCCUCUUCGACAUGGUCUGCUCGGCGUCGCUCUUCGCCAGGUCGGAGCCGCGCGUGGUGGUCGCGGAGAAGUGGCACCCGGGGGCGGGCCUGAAGCUUUCACAGGAGGCGCACGCCGCGCUGCAGGAGUCCGCCCUAAGGACCGCCCUCUGCUGCGACUACGGGUACAUCCACUGGGACACGCACGCGCCCGCGUUCGUCUGUCUCGAAGAAGGAAACAGCGGCACAACACACGGACUUUCGGAUCUCCGCGCGGACGUCUUCGAGCUGCGCUGGGCCCCCACUCCUGGCGCGCGGAGCGCGCCAUGGGGCAGCGCCAGAGGCGCUGCCAGGGGGGACCAGCGCCGAUCCAGGAACGCCGCCCAGACUUCGGAAAGUUUCUGUUUGCGGUGGGAGCGCUCGUCGUUAACGACUGUGCCCGUGAGGCUUCAGACCCUGGAGAGUUCCAUAUCCGAGGAGGGCGGCGGCGAUAUCCGCGGGCAAGCCUCGGUUGGUGCUCCACAGGCUCUCAGGCCCUGGACUCCUUGUCCAAAGGUUCCUUCAGUUUUUUGUCUUCGACUGUCACGACCUGUUCACUCUGCUGUCGCACGUGGCGCAGGGCCUCCUCCGCAUUCUCUCGGCGCCGCUCCUGCCGUGCCUCGAGGUGGCGCACUUCGUUCGCGGCCUGCGCGAGAAGGGCGGGCGCGACGGCCCUCUCAACGUGGCGGGCUCCGUCGUGCUGGUGUUCUGCUUCGGGUGCAUGACGAUGCCGUCCCUGGUGCUGAGGCGCUCGCUAGAGUUCGUGGUCCAGCUCUACCUGGGCGCCGCGGAACACCUGCUGCGCCAGUCUGGGCUCUGGAGGCGCCGGCUCGUGCACGUGCGCGCGCGGCACCAGUGCGUGCGCCCCGCGGUCAGCGCGAGCACGGUGCCCCGAGAGCGCAGAGGCGACCUGAUCCGGGCCGCGGCCAUCGCGGAGCACGUGCUCGGCGUGGUGGCGCUGGUGCAGCACUGUGGCUGGGGCAGGCUCAGGCCGAGCCUCUCUCGGAGGGAGCUCUUCUGCGCGUUGCGUAUUCUCUCUCGCUGCCCCAGUCCGGAGCAGUACUCGAACUGCUGCGUCAGAGCCGCGCGCAGGCUGAGGGCGCGCUGGGUGUACGUUCGGAUCCUCUGUGCCAGGGCAGGCCCAGAUGAGGCUGUGCUCCUCAAGGGCUGGUGCGUGGGCGAAUCGAUUUCGACACUUGAUUUCUGCCUGCGCUGCGGAGCCUCAAUCUGCUCAGCCGAAGGGAAUGAUGUAGCAGACGUGUCGUCGUUCGUUGGUGGCGCGAGCGUCUGACUAGCCACGGGUGCGCUCGGCCAGGGCGCCCAGGAUUUCAUGGCCACACCUCAUCAGUGCAGCACUGUACCCACGGUACCGCACGGCAAGCGGGCGCAGUGUACCGCUCUGCACAAAUGCUUGCAUGUUUAACAAGCUCGAGGUCACAAGAGUCUCGUCGUCUUGACCCGCAGGGCUCACAGAAAGCGUUCACCUGCGGAUGCUACAUACGUGUUCUACAGCAGAAGAGGUGGUUCGCUUUCACAGGAAUGCCCGUAGCUCGAAUUUAGUGCUUGGCCGAGGCGUCUCAUGGGUGCGCCCGCCAUGUCGUGACACGGGUGCGGAGCAGCUCCGUUCUGCAGGGACUUUUGCCUCCUGGGCGCGGAGCGAAAACACCAUUCCCCCACCACGUGCCUCGGCGGCGUGCCCAG